AUGCAGCCCCGUUUCGCCGCCGGCCGCCCCGCACUUGUCAGCCCUGUACAUAACAUUUUCACCACGGCUUCUCCAGACCACCUAUCUCCACCUCACGAACGACCGCAAUCCCAUCGCCGAUCAAAUUCUAGAAACUCCUUAGCACUUCACUUAGUACUCAAUUCCCAACUGAACAAGAGAAUGUCUCAAUACGGUAACCAGCAGUCCUACGGCCAGCCCCAGGAGUCUUUUGCUCCUCAAGAUCAAUCCUACGGUGGCCAAGCCGAUCAAGCUCAGGAUCCCUCCCAGUACGGUCAAUAUGAUCAACAAGACCAAUCCCAAUACGGCCAACAAGACCCCAGUCAGAAUCAGGGGGACGAAUACCAGCAAGAUGGGGCUCAAGAUCCUUACCAACAAGAUGGCCAAGGCGAUAGCCAGCAAUAUCAACAGCACAAUCAAGGUCAACUAAACCAGCCCAAUGGCUCCCAACCCCAAUCCAACGGGUAUGGUAACGGGCAAUCCCCUCAACAAACCCGCAAACAGCCUUCUCAGAACCAGCAAUUCAACCAGGGCGCCGGUGCCGAAGGCCAGGGCCAUGUCCAGCAGCGCAACAAUCAGGUGCAACCCUCAAAGCAAAAGCCCGGCCAACAGCAACCCCAGGGUCAGCAAAAGCCAGCAUCAUAUGGCACUGGCCGCAACUAUCACCCCACUCACCACAAUGCGCUCUAUCAUAUGUCUCAGACAGCGAACAAUGGCUUCACAAAAGACCACAUGGACUCGUUCCUACAUCUCGGAACAUAUGCGCUGGGUGCGCUUGCGAAUCAGCAUAGUCUUGCCCCUGAUGCCAUGCAUCCUGAGACGGAGGGCCUACAGCAGCAGCGGCAUUGA